AUCUUUAAAGUUGUAGUUGGAAGGGGGCAGAUGGCUGUGGCAAAUUCAGCUCUCGCAGUGAAUUUACUUCUUAAAGGCCAGGAUCUGGAAGCAUGGGAGACUCUUCGUAGUUGUGGCGGUUGGACGUCCCAGCUUGCUGCUGCGGCGCCAAGUACAGGCCACGCGGUAUGGUCCGAAGCCAUGCGUGCGCGCGCUAGCCGCCUGGCUCGAGGAGGUCACCUUCACUGGGCAGCAUGUCACCUGCUCGCAGUGGGCGAUGUGUGGCAGGCUGUUCAGCUCUACAUGUGCCACGGCCUGCACCGGGAGGCGCUCUCCCUGGCGCGCUGCCGCCUGGCGCAGCAGGACCCCGCCUUCGCCCGCCUGCUGGGGCAGAUGCUGGCAUCAGGGCAGCGGCCGGGAAGCCAGCCGCGGCAGCGGCAGCAGGGGGAACAGCAGAGGCAGGGGGAAGAGCAGAAGCAGGUGGAGGAGCAGAAGCAGGGGGCAGAGCAGAGGCACGUGGAAAAGCAGCAGCAGGGGGAAGAGCAAGAGACUGGCCACAAGCAGGGGGGCGCGAAGCAGCAGGGGCAGGGGCAAGGGCACCAGGAGGAGGAGCAGCAGGGGCAGCAACAAGGGCAGGAAGGUCCACAGCAGGAGCACGAGCCGCAGCACCGACAUC